GGAAGAGGAAAGAGGAGGGGUGAUAUCCCAGCAAACAGCUGCUGCAGCUGUGAAGAGAAAAAAGGAGGAAGAUCAGGAGCAGUUGCAGCAGUCUGACCCCCGCAACAGAUUUAUUUGCAUCUGCCGAAGUCAUCUCUUUGGUCUUGGUACCUUUUGUGUAAGCAUUAACACAGUGGGAUGAAACCCCAUUUUGAGAUCAGGAGCACUCCUUCACUCAAAGAACACCAACACAUGAGAGAUCGAUCUUCCAGCUUUAUCGUGAAGACCUACCUCUUUGUGUAUGACCUGAUGCAAUUCUGUGGGCAUUCCUGGAUAUUUACAAAUAUGAUCAUCAGGUACAUGUCGUUUGGAAAAGAUUCAUUGGCCGACACGUUUUACUCCAUAGGUCUUGUGAUGCGCCUUUGUCAGUUGUUGUCUAUACUGGAGAUCCUACACAUCCUCAUUGGCAUUGAUAAAAGCCGUCUCUUCCCCAGGUUUUUGCAGAUCACUGAGAGAAUAAUUGUGUUGUUUGUCGUGAUCAACAGCCAGGAAGAAGUUCAAGGGAAAUACAUUGUGUGUGUUUUAUUUUUCCUUUGGAAUUUAUUAGAUGUGGUCAGGUACACUUACAACAUGUUGGCAAGGAUGGACAUACACUACUUACCACUGACAUGGCUGAACUUCUCACUGUGCAUCCUGCUCUACCCGCUUUCAGUUCUGGCUAAAGCAUUUACGAUCUGUGUAUCACUACCUUAUUUUGAAUCCUUUGGCACAUACUCCAUCAAGCUGCCAUUUCCAUUUGCCUUCUCAGUCUACUUCCCCUAUGUUCUGAAAAUGUACCUGCUGGUGCUGUUUACAGGUAUGUGCUUCAUCAUCCGGAACCUCUUCUCAGAAAGGAAGGCUCACCUAGAGACAGGCAACUCCAAAAAGAAAAGAAACUAAGCUGAUACUUCCUUCUGAAAUAUGAAAUAUAUUCCUAGAGGGCUACUACGUGUCAUAGGCAGAGAAGAAGAGACAAAGAUUUUCCAUGCAUAACUCCUGUUUGCGUGCACAUUAUCCAGCUGUGUUGAAUCUUCAGAAAAGAAACAUCUCUAGUGCUCCUCAAAAAUGGACCAGCUUGCAAUAACUUGUUACUUUUGAAAGUUUUGACGUCAAAUAUCAGGAUUUUUAAAAAUGAGUAUUUUUCUAAUAAAAGAGGACUCAGGGCUCACUCAGAAAAAAAAAUGUAGAAGAGUGCCUUCACCACAGUUACACUAACAGCCCUUAUUUUGGUGUUAAUUCUUGCCUUAUCAUCAUCAGGUAUUCUGUAACAACACCACCACUUCAUGUAUUAUAUUAAACAAACAUGUAUGUGCCUCCUAUAUAUAAAUUGGCUAUAAUUUCUCAAAGAGCUGAAGCUGGAAGCUUUGCAUCCUAUGAGAUUCAUGUGCUGAUUGCCUCAGACAUUCACAAAAGACCCCUGACCUUCUGGCCCAUUCUGCCAAAGAGAUUCCAGCAAAGUAAACCGUGAGGGCAAAUGAUCAGGUACCCGGGUACUACGUAUCACUGUGCUGGGAGAACCUUUAUCAUUGAUGUGAUUUUUCUUCCAUGCAGAACAGCAAACACAUUAGAAGUGUGAGUUGAUAGUGUGAAGGUAACGACCAUCAAAAAACCUCGUGCAAAAUUCUACCAGUUUUACUUCAGUCCAGUGCCUCUUUUACUUCUAUUGGACUACUUGUAAGGAAGCAACCAGAGCACAGUCUUUUGUAUUUGGGAGUCACAAACAUAUAGCAGCCCAGGAAACCCUGUAAAAAGGAGAAAACAGACUGUACUUGCUGCAGAAAUAACUGCAUAGGGAUGUUUCUUAUGUUUCAUCCAUGUUGCCUAUCACCUGCAUUUUACUUCAUGGAGCUGAGGGAGAAAACUGAGGCUCUUUUUGGGGAAACGAUGGAAGAGUUAAAGGGGAAAUUAACACUAUUGCAUUACAAAGAGGCUGUUAGUACAGCUUUCUAAACCAUGCUCUUAAGAGGAUGUUCAAACUGUUUUAAGUAGCAGACUGGUCUUGACCUACUGUAAUUUUUAUUCAAUAUACGUGGCAGACAGUGCCUGCAGACUGUUGCGACCACUGGGAUAUAUGCACACCUAAGCAAUGGGAUCCUACAUGCAGUAGUUUAAUGGGGAGCCUGGGUAUUUUGAAAGCAGUGCAAACAAGAGUUAGUAAUUUGGCUGUUGUUACAGACACAGAGGUACUUUCACUUUGGACUUCUGCCUGACCCAAACCACUCCAAAUGCAGACAGUCUGCAUAAAGAAAAGGAUAAUCAGCUGAAAACCGGUGGCAACUUCAAAGGACAGAGCUGAAACAGGAACACUUCACAACUGCAUGACACUGUAAUAUGCCAAGUGCAACACAGACAUUUCCCCUCGUGGUGAUUCAAUCGAAUACAUCUGAACUAAAACCAGAGUUAAUAGUACAGGAAGGAUGUGGAGCUGUUGGAGUGGGUCCAGAGGAGGGCCGUGAAGGUGGUCAGACGGUGGAAGAACUUCUCUUAUGAAGAGAGGCUGAGGGAGCUGGGCUUUUUCAGCCUGGAGAAUAGGCUCUGGGGAGACGUCAUUGCAGCCUUCCGGUACCUUGGGGAGCUUAUAAGCAAGAGGAGACAGACUCUUUACAUAGCCUGAUAGGGAUAGGACAAGGGAGACUGGCUUUAAAGUAGAGGGGAAUAGAUUUGUGUUAGUUAGAAUGAAAUUCUUAGAAUACUCAAGAGGGUGGUGAGGCACUGGCACAGCUGCCCAGAGAAGCUGUGGGUUCUUCGUCCCUGGGGGUGCUCAAGGCCAAACUGGAUGGGGCAGCCCGGGCUGGUGGGACACAGCCCUGCUCACAACAGGAGGCUGGAACUGGAGAAUCUUCAAGAUCCCCUCCAACUAUUCAGUGACCCUGUAGGAGGAAACAUGACAUCUUAUAUUGGGUUUAUGCUGCACAAAGGAAGGUGCGUGGUUGGCUUCUGUGAGAAGAGGCCCACAGCUGUGACGUGGCCAGGGGGCUGGUAUGAGACGACUCCAAAACAGCUACCAUAGGACACCAGUGAACCUAUUAACACUGUGAGUAGUGCUUCUGCGGAAACGUUAUCUGAGAAAAUGUUGGAAACACUGCACACUAGCUGUGAGGGAGAGGAGCAAAAAUGUGUGAGCAGCAGCCCUGUGGGUGCCAAGGACAGUGCAGCAGGAGGUGCUCCAGGCACAGAGCAGAGCUCCGAGUGCAGCAAUGAAGGACGGCAGCUGUGGAUGUGGACUCACUGAAGAAGCCAUGGAAAUGCUGGAGCAGCCUUUUCCAGAUGGCCUCUACUCCACAGUGAAGACAUAUGCUGGACCAGCUCUUGAAAUACUACAGCCCAUGAGCAGGGCCUGCACCAGUGCAGAUGCUGAAGGAGGGAUCCCACACGAGGGCAGGGUGCAGUAUGAGAAGAAAGCAGCAGAAAAGACAAAGUGUUAUCACAAUGCCUGUUUUCCCAUCCCCCUUGACAGGAAUUAAGAAUUGAAGUUGAGCAUGUAGGAGGGAAUGUUUUUGUAUUUGUUUAUAACC